AGAAUAAAAAUUAUUCCUUCGUAAAAGAGUGCUACAUUCAAAAAAAAAAAAAAAAAAAAAAUCUUCCAUUCUCAUGGAGAAAUUGUGGUCAUUCAUCUUUUCUGCAUCCUUCUUUCUCUUUCUGUUUCUGAUUUUGAAGCACUUUCUAGUACAACAAACACAAUAUAAGAACCUCCCACCAAGUCCACCUUCAUUUCCGAUAAUUGGACAUCUUUAUCUCCUGAAACAACCCAUCCAUAGAACAUUACAGCAUCUGUCAAACAAAUAUGGCCCAAUCUUAAAUCUUUCAUUUGGUUAUCGCAGAGUGCUACUCGUAUCUUCCCCAUCAGCGGUAGAAGAAUGUUUUACUAAAAGUGAUAUUAUCUUCGCCAAUAGAUCCCGUCUUCUUGCUGGCAAGUACCUAACCUAUGACUAUACCACCAUGGUGGCUGCCCCCUAUGGUCAUCAUUGGCGCACCCUACGCCGCCUUGCUGCUCUUGAAUUCUUCUCAACUAGUCGCCUUAACAUGUUUUUGGGCAUUAGGCAGGAUGAGAUCAUGUAUUUAGUUAAAAUGCUAUAUCAAAGUUGUGGGCAAAGUUUCACGAAAGUGGAGAUAAAGUCAAAGUUAUUCGUGUUGUCUUUUAACAUCAUUAUGAGGAUGGUUUCGGGGAAAAGAUAUCUUGGUAUAGAAAUUGAUGAGCCUGAGGAGGCUAAGCGUUUACGAGAAAUUGUAAGGGACAUUUUUGAAGUAAGUGGAGCAUCAAAUCCAGGGGAUUUCUUACCUUUUUUACGAUGGUUAGGUUACCAGAGCUAUGAAAAAAGAGUAAUAGCAGUACAUAGUAAAUCUGAUGGAUUUAUGCAGAAUUUGAUUGAUGAGCAUCGAAACAAAAGGAAUUGUUCAGCUGGAGAAAGAAGAACCGACACAAUAAUCGAUUCUAUGCUGUCUUUACAAGAGUCUCAACCUGAGUACUACUCUGAUGAAAUUAUUAAAGGCAUGAUAAUGACACUGCUACUUGCGGGCACAGACACAUCCGCAGCGACUAAAGAGUGGGCUAUAUCACUUCUCCUCAACCAUCCUGUUGUGCUAAAGAAAGCCAGAGCUGAGCUUGACAAUCUUGUUGGUCAUGAUCGUUUAGUAGAAGAACCUGAUUUGGCCAAGUUACAUUAUCUCCAAUGCAUAAUCAAUGAGACUCUUCGAUUGUUUCCAGCAGCACCACUUCUAGUGCCACACGAAUCAUCUGAUUUCUGCACAAUCGGUGGCUACGAUGUACCACCGUCAACAAUGUUGUUUGUUAAUGCAUGGGCCAUACAUAGAGAUCCCAACGUCUGGGAGGACUCCACAAGUUUCAAGCCAGAAAGAUUUGAAGGAUUAGAAGGUGUGAGUGAGGCAUACAACUUUAUACCAUUCGGGCAAGGAAGAAGAUCCUGCCCCGGGGCUGGCCUUGCCAAUAAAGUAAUGGGGUUAACAUUAGCCACUUUAAUUCAGUGCUUUGAGUGGGAGAGAAUUAGUGAAGAGGAAGUGGACAUGACAGAAGGAACUGGUAUUACUAUGCCUAAAGCCAAGCCACUACAAGCUAUGUUCAAAGCUCGCGAGUCCAUGUUCAAUGUCCUUUCGAAGCUAUGAUUGUCGCAUUGAUUGCUUUUGUAUUUUGUUAAAAAGUAUCGCAGUCUUCCUUUCUUUGUAACAGAAUCUUAUAGGGUUUAAAGUUGUUUAUCGACUCCCUAUCCUUUUGUAACUAAGAAUUUAUAUUAUACAUUAUAUUAAAAUAAUAGU